UCUACGAAAUCGACCACACGGUGUAGACGAGGAAGCAGAAUCGAAUGAGUAAGAAGGAAGCAAUGCAAGGAAGAUGGCGUUGCAAAAUGUGGCGAGCCGACACGAGGGUUCGACAGGACUUGGCUUUCAGUCGCAGCUCGGCAGUCUGUACGAGACAAUCGAGUUACACUUACUACGCUGUGCAGUUUAUGUAUAUAUCGCGUACGGUAUAUGUAUUAGUGUUCAUAGGCGCAGUCUCCGCGUGUGUACGAGUAACCGAUACGCCGGACGAAUUGACACACGCGCAGCAAUGGCGUACCCCUUUGGAGAAGCCUGAACGUGUUCUCUGUCGUCGAAUAUUCCUUUGUGCUGCUGUGUGUGUUGUGCGUAAGAAAGACAGAUAAUCCGAGUAAAAAAUGGAACAUGUAAGCCAAUGAUAGAAUUACGAAACGACGUCGGCGUAUUAGGGUGUUUCAGCCUUGCCGAAACGAGCGACCGAACGAAACGUUACGCCCAGCCGGAUCACGUCUAAGCCGUAUUACUGAGUCUGAUAUACCAUUCGGUUUAGCGUUCUCACGAAUAUAGUUUAAAGCUUUAUCAACGAAAACGUGCGGCCGAAGAGGAAAUUCACUAAAGUGAAAAUAUGGCAUCAUUUAAAUGGAAACACAAUACACAGAUGUAGCACCCGGAAUGACACAUACAAACGGCUUGUGACAAAGUGAAAUAGAUUAAUCCUAUGUAACAAGAGAUUGCAAGGGAAGGGGAGGAUAAAAUACACAUUUAUAAAAAGAAAACGGAAUAAUUUGGCGGUAGGGACGAAAGGUCGAAGAGAAAUACAUCGAGAAACAAAAGAUCGUAAAAGGGAAAGGUCGAUGUUGCAAGGAAGCCGGUGUCGAACGAGUCAGGGCCGGUGGUGUUUGAAUUUAUAGUCGGUUGUAAGCUCUUUACCUAGGACUUUUUUCCCUUCCCUCUCUCGAAAUAUGCGAUAACUGUUUCAUUGCUGUACAUUGCGGGCUUCUGCCUCGAGGGUUUUCCUCGGUGUUGGAUAUAAUAGCUGAUUGGUCCAACCCCUGGAUAAGGCAACCCUCUUUCACUGCGAUGAACCGUAACCAUUCUUUCUCGCCUCGUUUCAAGGUAUGUCUGUGACAGCGAGAAAUGCUAUAAUCAUUAAGACAGUCGCACAGGUAAAUGCGAUUCGAAGGGAGAUAGAAAACAAAGCGAGAAGAGAAGUCUAGGAAAGGAGAGGUGGAAGAAGAAGAAAGAAAAAAAGGGGGUUAUCUGAGGAAAGGAAGGAAAAGAAAAAAGUGCCGGAGGAUCGCGAACUCGCGUCUCCGGCUGUGUAACAAACGAUCGGCUAAUAUCAACGCUGGGCGAGACGGAGAGCAAAGGAUCGUGGUCGUCAUCGGGGAGAAUAAUCACGAGGAUCCCACGAAAUGAGAGCCUAGCGUUCGAGGUGGGUCGUUGGUCAGCGGGCGUGCAAGAAGGGACGGUUCGGCGACGGAAGCCUGGAUAGUAGGAGGUUUCCAACAUGGCCGCUGCCUGCUACGAAAAGGAAGUGGUGGUAGGUGCCGCUAUGCAUGGACACGGUCAUCACCAUCACCACCACCAUCAUCAUCACCAUCACCAUCACCAUCAUGGGAUCGCCGGCGGGUCUACCGGCGGCGGCGGCGCCGCGGCUGCCACGGCUGCUGCGACCGGCCCAACCGGACAGCAAACCGUCCUACCGGCCGCAUCGACCGGCAUUGUCGACUCCACCACCGCCGUUGCUGCUGCUGCUGCCGCUAACGUCGGCUCCAGCACGAAUUCGAACCCGACCGCCGCGACCGCGACCGCGGCAGCUGUUGCGGCCGCGACGGCCGCGGCGGCAGCCGCUGCGGUUGCGGUCACCACCUACAAGGACUACAAGGACUACUCGCAACCGCUCCACGUCGAUUGCAGCGUCGAGUAUGAGCUACCCAGCCAGGCAAAACCACCGCCUGGCGGAGGCGAACCCCUUCUUAUGAUACACCCGUGCUACUACCGACGCGCCGAACGCGAGAGGAGAAGUCCUUUUGUCAACAAUCUACCACCGCCAGCGAACGCGCCGAUUUCAUCCUCUAGGCGAAGCAGCAGGCGAAGUGCAUCAGCCGCCGCAGUCGUUGCCAACGCGGCCACAGUCUCCGCGUCCGUGUCCUCCACUGCGUCUGUUGUCGCAUCUUCGUCCACGGUCGCCGCCGUUUCUACCUCGACCGUGUCAUCUUCGAGUUCUGCUGUCGCCGCUGCUGCGGCUGUCUUAUCGGCAACCGCAGCCGUUGUCUCAACAGCCGAUUCCGGAUCGAAUUUAGUUUCUACAACCGGUCAAAUGUCCGCUGCGGCCAUGGCAGCGUCGUAUCGUGCGGCUCUCAACGUUGCCGCGACUCUCUCCCAACAACAACAACAACAGCAACAAAGACGUCAUCAUCCGCAGCAACAACAACCGCCGCAGCCGCCUCCGCCGCAGCAACAGCAACAAACUCACCAUCAUCAUCAUCGUCCUCACGCUCACCCCCAUCACGGUCAACAGCAACCGCAGCAGCAGCAGCAAACUAGUUCGGUUACGUCGACCUCGUCCGGAACCGAACUGAUUUCUGCUGAUGAAAAAGCAGUCAUAUCAGGUAUUUAUCAGCACUACUUUCGCGCGAUGCGCGCUCACAAUCAUCAGCAUCGGCAGCAGCAACAACCACAGCAGCAAGCGACACAGCAACAUCGAACAACUCAUCAACUUCAUCAUCAACCUCACCAAAGCGACCGAAGUUCCUCCUCGUCAGUGACGCCGACGGCCACGUCGAUCUCUGGCAUUCUACGGCAGACGUAUCAACAAACGUAUAACGCGAGUUCGAAUUCGUCGAGUCAUCUGCGAGCAGCGACGGCCUCGGUUAUCGGGCAUCACCCGUAUAGACGGCCGUCGGCGACGUUACUGUCACGUACAGCGUCACACGUUGGUCAGCAAGCUUCUUCCUCAUCUUCCUCGUCCUCUUCUUCCUCCUCGACGUCGAUCGGUGCUUCCAGCGGCGUUUCCUCUAGCGGCGUUUCCAGCGUAUACGCGAGUACGAUACACAGGCAUCACGCGACAUCGCUACACGCCCUCCAGGCAGCUGGUUUUUACGAAACGCCCGGUUAUCAUGCGCUUUUGCCGCAGAGUUAGGUGUCCACCGGCAUCGGCAGCAGCACCAACGUCAACCCGUUCGAGACCGACCCCGUUGCCACCACCGUUCAUUUAUUCACCUAAUCCGGCUGCAAAGCUGUGUGCUCUCUCUUCCCUAUUGUACGACUUAUCUUCCAUACUCGUUAAAGAGCAUACGGGUUGGUCUAAACUCUGCCUAGUACACUCGGGAUACAUCUAUCUCUGCGACGUACACGCUACUUCUAUCUACGUGUAUAUUCCACUGUAUAUACGUGGAUCUGUAUGCAUACGUAUAUACGUCCAUGUACGUAUCGUCGUCGACGCAACGACCGUACGUGCCGUGCUCUCCGUUGUUGGCUGCAGUGUGCGGGUGGCCGGACGAACGGACGAGCAGAAACCCACAGAAUAAACACACGACGCAUACACACCACCAUCGCUACUAUCACCGUCACACACAGAUAUACGUUCGAGCCAGGGACAGAUGGAGGGAAGUACCAGCAACUGAAAUGGUCGUCCGUCUAUACGCAUCGAGCGAUUUCAUCCACCUGCGAUACGUGUACAUUAUGUACAGGUAUAAAAAUCCAUUUGCUUAGGCCCCUUGUAUUUUUAACCGGCGCACACUUUCAGGCAUAGACAGAGACCAUGAAUUUUCUUCGCGUAAAUUCCUGAAACUUGGAUGCCUUUCUUCGCCGGGCAAACAUCAUGUACACGCGGUCGUCUCUCCUUGUAUACCACCGCCGUAGCGGCGGCCCUUUCGCUCUUUUUCCCAUCAUCGGCUCUCAAAUACCAGCGGAUCGCGAAUACAUAGAUCGACAAUAGUAUUUUUAAGAUUUACGAUCGAUUCCCUCAUAUAUGUACUUAUAACAUUAGAUAUUUUUUCUAACGAUUUACGUGAUUCAUAGUUGGAACUUUCCUUGCCGAUAUUUUGCCAUCCUCUAAGCUUUACAACAUCCUCGCUUCGACCAUCUGUCUUCUCCGCUUACAGAUGUACCCAAACCGGAUCGACAAUCAUUGCAAUCGCAAGUGCCAAAACCCGAACGCAACCUCACGAACGAACGAACGUUACCCAACAGGGUGCAAGCGCAUCUUUGCCAAAUAGACCAUAUGUGCAGUACUAGUUUUUCUCGAUUCUGCUUUUCAUUUCGCGAUGCAAGCGCACACAGGAAGCGGCGGUGUGCCGCGAUUGCAGUUGUCCUGCUCUAGCGGAACGUCCCUCUCGCCCUUUCUCCACCACGAAUGACUCUGUUCCCCGUCUUUCUCUAGCGUUAUUCGUUCCUCCGCGGCCCUCUCUUUGUCUUUUUCUCCGUCUCUGUCGGUUUCUCGUCGGGAACAUCUCUAGAAACUCGAGGUCCGAGAGAGCCGGGGCAGGAUUUCUUCUUUUUUGUCCUGCGCCCUUUUCAAAGAGCGCGCUCAAGGAGAAACGGACGGGGACCGUAUUUCGUUACACGGUAACGAUCGAUCAACGUGACCGCACGACCGCACCGGCGGUACGGGCGAGCCGUGGCGAAGCGAGACGAAGCGAGACGAGGCGAAACGAGACGACGAGUCGGGACGGGUCGGGACGGGACGAACGGGACGGGGACGGCACACGGGACGGGACGGAACGGAUCUGGGCGGUUACGGGACGAGAGGAGAACGAGGGACGCGACCAGACCAGACGCGAAGGGGGCGCGGUCAAGAUGGGGAUCGGCAGAGACGAAACCGAGAGACGGCUCGCACGCAUCGGAGGGAGCAGGAUGCGUCGACUCGUACUCCGAAAACACUGACGACCAUGUGCAUAGGAUGGUCGUUAGAUUAACAGUCGCUAAUGCGAACCGGUGCGACUCUGGCUCCUAUAAUUUCCACUCGUCGCGCCUCGCGGAGCCUUAGAAAAAUGGCUAAAUGGGGAGAGUUUCGGGGAAAUUAGAUGGAAAGUACAUCCUGCGUUCUACUCGUUGGAUACCGAAAUAAAAAAAAAAAUAUGAAAGUCACGGAAGGCACUUUGUUACGUUCGAUAACAGGAAACUAUAUAGCUUGUCGAUAUAUCUAGUAAAUAUCGUUUCGUAAAUUUGUGUCUAGCUCUCACCCUCGAAGUUACAGCGUGUGGCUGACUUUAACGAUCUGUUUUCCUACCGUUUUGCGGAAUUCGUUAAACUCCGUUCCUCGAAGGGUGCGCUGACAAGACUGCUCGCGGAGGAACGUUUAUUUUUGUAGGAAAUGCGUACUUUUGUGCGACGUCUCUCCGAAAAGUGAUUCGUGGAAUUGAUUUGAAUAAAACGACGGAGGUAUACAUGAGGAUGGAGGGGAAAGUGCGCAUCGCGUUUCUAACGCGUACUGCGUUUGACGCGACACGUAUAGGGUUCGAUGUAGUUGAAUCAAAUAGACCAGGCGCAAUCGUAGCUUCUUCGUACACAACCGGGUCGAUAGUAAAUACGUUUCCUAGUUAUAGAUCGGCCGCCCGCUCGUCAGAGGGUUAAACUUCAUCCACUGAUAGAUAUUUAUACGACGUGGAAGGAAGGAGGGCAUUAUUGUGCCUCGUUGAAACCCCCAUCGAACUCGUUAUAUAAUGUGACGUCGACAUCAGGUAAUUAGGAAGCGUCGCAAGCAGAAACGUUGGCUAGUGACUUUGAAAAGGUUUCACCGGCUCGUUUGUCGGUUUUCUAGCCGUCUUUUUCGCUCCUCUUCCACGGUCGAGUAGAGAAAAAAAAUUCGUCGGAACGUUAUUUUUAAAUUUCACAUUACGUCCACGAAACUAUUCCUCGCGGAGCAUUCCAUUUUCGUACGAUCCCUCGUUCCCCAGCAACGGAUUUUCACAACGUUCGUUUCGGCCUUGUAGCAUGUUAAAUCGACAUCGGGUACAAUGGUUCACGCAUCGAAUCCUGAUUCGAAUGUCGUUCCAAAUCGAAACACGGAGGCCACGUAGAAAUUUUCAGCUUCGUGUGUGUAGUCAUUUCGUUCCUGGUAAAAUUUGUUGGCAGAGACGACCCGGUUGUCGAGAGCAGAGUUCGUUCCUGGCACCACUUACCCUUCGCCGUCCAUCUCGCCCGAGCAUUUCCGCCCCGGUGUUUUUGCUCGUUCAAAGGGAACGAUCCUCUUAGCGGCAAAGUAGAGGGAAGGCUAAACGGAUACAGGGCCUAAAUAGAGUUACUUGGACUGUGGUCCGACGUAUCGUCGACGGCGGCAGCUUUUCGCGUUACUCUUUCUUCUGCUUCUCUGCAAAUUCCUAUAAAUCAACAAAUCUUGCAACAAAAUUCCGACCAUAUGUUUUAGUCAGUUAAAGUUGAACGAUCUGAUCGAAUAUUUAUAUCGGUAAUUUUCUCAAAUGACAUUAGAAUAUUGAAACGUUAAACAUCGACAGGUUGGAAAUAGCGUUCCUUUUCCUCCUUCCAUUGAAUUUCUCUAGCUUCUUCGUAAUCUGCCAUCAACCUGUAUAUACGUACAUAACUUCCUCUCGUCUCCUCCUAUUCGUCGUAUGUUUCGUUGUAUGUUCCGUCGUAUGUUCCAUCGUAUGUUCCAUCGUUUAUCGUGAACCGCUUACUAUGCAAAGGGUACGCUCGUAGAAUUCGAUUGUCGUCGGUCGGUGUGUCGAAAGAAGAAGAAAAAAGGGGGCCUCGCGAACGAGCAAGCGAACGAAGGAACGAACGAAACUCCGUUGGUCGGGAGGGGGGAGGGGACAUUGUAGCGUCGCAACGACGAGACACGGUCGAAUGUCAAGCAGAGUAGCGACUGAUACGAUCGAGAGCUACGACUUUAACUUUUCACCUCGCGCAUAUCAGGGAUCGACGCUUAAAAGUGCCUCGCCAUUGAUGAUUACGCGAUUCAUGAGAAACAUAUGCGAAUAAACUCUUGAAUGAUGUUUCGUGUGCCAAACACAUUUUUCGUAACGUAUUCUGUCCCUCGUGUGCCUCUGCUGUUCAAUUAUUCCAAAAUGUUUACAUAUUUCUGGCGAACGCUUGUACAAACUUUUCUUUCCGUGUCAGUAUUACUCUUUACAUUUAUAUCGGUCGUACCCCAGGUGAAUUCACCGUUUACAUCGAUCAAGUAUUAUCGUUAUUACUAUCUGAGAAAAAACCUAGGAACAUUACGUAAGGGGAACGUCGAACGACUUUCCGGGCUGCGCGCAUCUUCUAGGGGAGAUAACGCGAUAGAGGCGCUCCUCUUCUCUCGCAGUUGUUGAAAGUUGCCAUCAGCUCGAUCUGUCUAGAUACGCGUGCACAACGUGCAUCACCAGUCGCCCCCUUUUUUUUUUUGUGUUCGAUUUCACGAUUCUCCUCUUCUCACGGAACACACGGUUAUUCGUGGUUCUGUGGUGGCGAAAUCUCUUUCCGUUCCACUGAAAUUUCAUCCUCGGUCUCUCUAUUCUACCGUGUUGCGUUCAAUUAGGUUAGGAACGUUGCGAUCGAAGAUAUAUUUUCAAAGAGCAUCGUGCGUCCGCUGGUUCUACGUUAUAAAGAGCGAAUGUGAACGUACCCACCGAGACAGCCAGAGUAUACACAAUCCCACACAACUCAACACGACGCGACACGUGUGUAACUCGAAGGAAAUAAUACACGGCAUGUGCGGUCGUUCCGGUAAUUUUUUUAUUUAACGUUGCAUUCAGUGAAUGCAUUUGUACACCGAACCGAUUAUUUUCUCCGUUCAGUGUUCCUUUACCCCUUUCCCUUCUCGUUUUUUCUUUUGUUUCUCUCUCUUAUUUCUCCGUUUCCCUUUUAUUUUUUCUUUUUCUUUCGAUCGAUUCGCAAAAACAGAGUCUUCUUCCUCGGUUGUUUAUCGCGUUUGUAGUCGGCGAGAACAAGGCAUAUAUUUACUCUGUAAUAAAACGUGCUUCCUCCGUAAGCGGGUACGAGAAAAAGAAAAAAAAGUCUGGCAUCAAAUAUUUUGUCCUACGUCGCGCGUAACGAACUAUACGUAAAAUAUACGGUCAAGCUUAUUCUCGAGAUACGUGUGCAUCGCGUCGUUUGAUGGAGAGAGAGAGAGAGAAAGAAAGAAAGAAAGAAAGAAUGAAAGAGAAAGAUGAAAAGAAGCGAAAGAAAUGAAAGAAAAAUAGAGAAUCUGUGCUCGAACGUGCCUCGCCCUCCACUAUAUACGAACGUACUUUUGUGCGUAUACAGUAGACGCGCACCGGAUAAAAGCUCGAUUCACGUUCGACGGACAACAAGGAAAGAGGAAACGAGAAAAAGAGGCCCGUUAAAGAUAAGAGAGCUCAAAGUAUGCCACUUUCGAUGGCGAGGGGCCCCGACGGGUCCCUGUUCCCAACGAGAAAAAGAGUAUUCACCAGCCGUUCGAAAUUAAAUUAAAUUGCCAGUGGAUUUUCGCAAGACAGCAGACCAGGGACACAAAGUGGUGCAUACUCCUCCUGGUUGUCCGUUCACCGUGAAUCAGCCACGAAGAAUGGCGUGGCGCGGCGCGGCUUAAACGCGUGCGUACACCUUCUCAAAAAACAUAGUUCACUACUAUUAACUCGGCCUUAAACAAAAUGACGUAAACUGCCUCAAAUAAUUAAUAUAUUAAACAAGCUAGCGCCCUCACUUACACUUCGACUGAAUGAAUAACGAAACGCCUAAUCCUGUGUAUAAUUAUGUAGUAUUAAAGAAAAAGGGGAUCGCGGCUGAGAUAAGUUGCUCGAUCGCGGCAUCCAGCGAGUAGAGUUACGCGAUCACGAGUCCGGCGGCAGAGAAAAACGAGCGAAACGAAGAAGAACGGGGGAUAUAUAGAUAACGAUCGAUCGGAAAGAGCGCGUAUAACGUGUGCGUUCAGCGAGAUGAAGGAGAAAGACGAAGAAAGAAAAAGAAGGGCACUGUGUGUAGCGCUUUCUUAAACGGAAACUAUUCGCGCAUUGCGAGCGAGCGUGUGUAUAAUAUGAUGUGCGAGCGGAUAGAUCGCAGAGGACAACUUAGGGAAAUGUAUCGAUCCAACCCGGUAACGUUAAGUACUCGUUUAUCAUGAUUUAUUGAAAGAAAGGAAAAUCAUUUUUUUCCAUUCUUCACUGUGAACCGAUAAUAGCGUAUAUGAACGAACACACAGAAGACACACACACACACAUACACGCAUACACACAUACACGCAUACAUACACACAUACACGCCCCGUGUAUAUGAUACCUGGGCAAAGGGAAGAGGAAAAGGAAUAGGGAAAGAGAAUGUAGAAGGGCAGAAGAGGGGUACAGCAGAUCGUCGAGGCUGCUACGAAACAAACGACGAGAUCUCGUUGUUCUCGUGGAGGAGAUGAUUCAGAUAAGCGAGGAGACCACUCGAAGGUAGACGUGGUUAAGAAAAAAAGGACAUAGAAAAACGCGACCAAAAGAGACAUUUUGGUAAGACAUGACGAGAUUGAAACAAAGGUAGGGGAAGAAGCGAAACGACAAAUUAGAGAGGAGAAAAAUUUGAUGGGGGAAAUCAAAAUCAUCGAUGUCCUCUCGGCUCCAUCUUUUAGAAACCGACAAUGACUACGGAGACGAUGACGAUUACGAUGACAAUGACGAUGACGGGAUGACUGGGUGUUUCGAAGGACGGUAGUUCUUCCGUUCAUGCAUUAUACGGGCUUGAAGAAUAUACACGACAAUAAGGAUCGUAGCCGGUCGAACACGAUCCAUACCCCGCGAGAGUUAAUCGAGAAACCGACGAACUCCUACGGCUUUUAUGGCUCCGCUCGUAAAGAUAUACCCAAGGCUUUUUCUGUGGAACUCUGGACCCCUCCGAACACCCGGUCCAGGAACACUGGGGCAGAAACGACGACGGAGCGUGUAGAUGGACGGGUGAACGAGCGAAUGAACGAGCGAGCGAGCGAGCGAGCUAGCGAGCGACCGGCUGGUUGGCCAGCCGAGACCCCGAAUUACAAUGUGCGCUCCUCGUGCGGGCCUCACCGUGGGUGGACCACCUUCUCGGCUCUACGUGAAUUUUUCUUAAAUCGUCUACCCCUCUCUCGAUGAAUGAUCUCUCUCUCCGACCAGGCCCAGAUCUUAGCCUUCGAGCGGGAACAGAGAGAGGUAGAGAGGACUGUGUGCUGUCAGCCGGCGAAUGAAAAGCACUUAAGAAGCUGCGCGGUAUGCACCUAACAAUGACCCUACCCACCUCUGACGCACGAAUUGUUCCUAUAUCAGAGUACACCAGCUGAUUCGGCAAAUAUAACGUACGCUAUUUUACGCUAUUCUUUGUACGCGCUUCAGCGCGUACCCGGUUUAUAUACGGGGGCACGGCUCGAUCUCAGCCGAGCACGCCACUCCUUCCUUACCCCUAUAAUUCGCUUCGAGUUACCGAAUCUUUUUCAAUCUCGAUCCAUCCAUCCUGCGAUACUCUUUCUCUCCAUCCUAUUCUACGAUACGUUCUAUCUCGUCUCUUUGUGAAUUUUUUGCACUCGCGAAUUCUCGAUAUUUCGAUCGCGUCGUUACAGCAAAAGCAAUAUCAUCGUCUCUGCAACCGAAUCGCUCGAAUCUCUCUGGUAUAUACGACGGUAGAGUUGUGUCGAAAACAUAGUCGUGCCAGGGGGUUGUUGCGGUCUUGCGAUAGUUGAACUCGAGGGGAGAUAGCGGCAUAAGCGAUAGAUAGACCAUAACGCGCGCAAGAAAGAAAGAAUCAGAGGGUGGAGAGCCUCGAUCCUGGAAUGAACACCGCGUGGCCAUAAAGAGGAGAGACACACGUCCAUGUGUCACGGACGUCAGGAUAUUAUAGGUUACUCUGUCUAUCUAUGGAUAGUUCGAACGAUUCGAAACGAUGGACCACGCCCUCGGUCUGCCAUCUCCGCUUCGACGAACUCUCGACGAUCGAUCCUUUACUCGCGACAAGCUGGCAAAAAUUACCACCGCAAAAGUCGAGCACGAAACGGGACAACUGAAUACGCCCCUGGAGCGACCCGAGGCCUGCCUCUCCGGCCAAUCGAUACCAUACCGUGUGCCUCUUCCGUUUGACAGCCUCCGCGACGUUUCUCCCUGUUAUUUCUCUCUUCCUUUUCCUAUUUUUACUGCCUAUACCUUCUUCCUCUAUCCUACUUUUUCAUCUUCAAGAACCGACAUUUUUCCUUUCCUCCUUCGAUUUUAAAGGAGGACGAAGGAGUGGGUUUCUAUCAAAUAGAUGGCCGUGUCGCACUGGCUCGAUCGCAUUCCUUCGAAUGAAAAAAAAAAAAGAAAGAAAGGGAGAGAAAGAAAGGAAGAAAUGGCUCUCUUUAUCGCGAUACGGCUCAUCGACGUGGCGAACGAUCGAUUUGCCGGAGACGAAGUCUUUCUCUUUGCGCGGCCACGGUUGGACCCCACGUGCCGUUUGUUCGCUUCCUACGUUUCUCCAACUGUUUCCACCAAAAGCGUGUAACUUAACGAGCGAUUGUUCUCCUUCUAGUUCCUUGAUUUCGUGAUUAAUCGAAAGUUUCUGAUCGCUGAAGCCGCUACCUACCUACCGCGUGUCUGUUGGCUGGAGCGUUCGUUAGAGCGGCGUGUGUGCGCGUGAAUGUUUACUUUGCUCGAUCGUUCGUUAAAAUUCGAGCCGAAGCGCCUGUUAUUUCUUCCCGUCAUGGUGUUGUGUGUAGGACUUUGGAGAGCUUUUACGACGAACAGAGAGAGAGAGAGAGAGAGAGAGAACGUAUGAGUGUGAGUAAAAUGUUUACAUGUGAGCGCCAAGCGUCUACCUUUUGCUAAACGCGCCACGUGUGUCGCCUUGUUUAUCCAUCGCCGCCAUUGCCGUCGUAGACGCGCUCGGCGUUUGACGAUCCUCUCCUCGGUUCUCGAACGACUACGGGAUCUUCGUUUUCUGGGGGGUAAAGCUAGCUAACCAACUACUACUGUAUUAUCAGUAAAAAGAAAAUGAAAAAAAACAGAACAUACCUACGCAUUUAAGAUAAUGUACAAGUCUCUAGUGUGAUACAUUUCUACGCUUAUUCUCUUAACUGUAGUCAUGAAGUCUAAAGUAACGAUACCUCGUUGUGGUUUGUAACGCGGACUAAAAAGCAAAAAAAAUAAAAAUAAAAAUACAAGUAACAAGUAGUUCUGUAACAGUAAAUAAACGAUAAAAAAAAUUGCAGGCUAAAGAUUAAAAAAGACGAGUUACGUAAAGAAGAAAAAAAUAAUGAAAUAACGACAGUAAAUGAUCAAAAAAAUCCGCUUAGGUUGACCUUAAACUGAGAAAAAGGAAAUCAAGCGAUAAAAAGCUCGCAAAAAGGCGCCAGUGUACUCGUAGAAAGGAAUUGUCCGGCGGCCGACGUCCUAAUUAAUCGCAACACUUGAAAUUGUAAACGACCGCCAAAAGAAAUACCGUUGGGCUUAUAAAAACACGGGAUAAUAAAAGAAAGAAAAUCCAGAGCGAGAGAGAGAGAGAGAGAGAGAGAGAGAGAAAGAGAGAGAGAGAAAGAGAUUUGCGGAUCCAUGAAAUGGAUGAGAUGGAUGUGUGGAUCCGAGUGAAUAGAUGGCUAUUUCAAAAAAAAAAAAAAAGAAAACACGUGUGGGUCGACCGAUUCGUCAAAUGUAUGCAUGUGUGAGAUUACGCGCAGAGUAUUCGAGAACGUACUGUUCGGCAUGUACAUAAUUCUGUAUAUACGAACGAAUCACUGACUGUACAAUACCACCCAAAUAUAUUUAUAUUUCAUGUUAAAA